AUGUGUGACUGCAUUGUCUUUCCUACUACAGGAUUUCGUCCUCAUAGUGACGAAAUAAGUGGAUCUGAUCUUGAUGGCGACCAGUAUUGGGUUUAUUGGGGCAAUGAAUUAAAAAUUCAGAAUCCUGUUGACCCAUUAUCUCAUUUAUCGGCAGAAAAAUCGGUAGUUCCAAACCUUACAAAUGAAAUGGUGAUUAAUUACUUCCUAGAUGCGAUCGAACUAAAUUGUUACUCCCUUAUUGCCGAUGUGCAUACCGUGAUUGCUGAUCAAAUGGAAGAAGGUACACGGUCACGAGAGUGUGUUGAAUUAGCAAAAUUAUUUUAUCGUGCAAUUGAUUCAUCCAAAACAGGAGAAGUGAUCACCAUGGAAUUGGUUUUAAGAUUAAGAGAUAAGUUUUGUAUUAAAUAUCCGAAAUUUAUGAUGAAAUUCGAUCGACCUAACUAUGAAUCAACCUCAAUUCUUGAAAAAUUGUACUUAAACGCAAAAUCAAUUGUAAUCAAAAAGAAAGAUAAUUAUGAAAACUACCAGACUACAUUUAUUCUACCAUACAGAGAUGCAUUGAUCAAUACAGAAGCAUCCAAUAUGGAAUUAGAACAUGGAUUGUUUUCAUUUCAAAAGAUUCGGUUAUUUUUAAGCAAUCUAUUUCGUAUUACAACGCCGAGUGAAUGA